ACUUCUCAACCCUCAGCCUUUUUGAGCCUUGAAAACUACAUCAGCCUAAUCAAAAACCAAGACUACCAUUUAUUUAUCUAUCUUCAUCUUCUUCGUCGCUGUUGCCCUGUGAGAUCACUUUUCUUUUCUGCUCGAAUGAUGAAGAAAGCAGAGCUGGUGUUCAUCCCAACGCCUGGAAUGGGCCAUUUGGUAUCUGCAGUUGAAGCGACUAAGCUUUUAGUGAAUCUUAAUUCCAACCUCUCCAUCACCGUACUCGUCAUCAAGCCAUCCUACAACCCAACAGUCAACGCCUACGUCGACUCUCUUACUGCCAAUAUGACCAGCCGCAUCAAAUUCAUUAGCCUCCCUCUACCUGAACCAGACAAAGACGUUACUCCCCCUCAGUUAAUGCGUUCUUUAGUUAAAACACAUAGACUUCUCGUAAAAGAGGCCGUCAACAACAUAGUUCAGUCCUCCAACUCGCCCCGACUCGCCGGGUUCGUUCUCGACAUGUUUUUUGCUCCUUUUGUAGAUUUGGCUAACGAGUUCGGCGUUCCUAGCUAUGUGUUUUACACGUCGGGUGCAGCUUUUCUUGGCUUCCAAUUUUUUAUGCAAGCUCUUUAUGAUGAGCAAAAUGUUAACAUCAUGGAGUUAAAAGACUCGGACACUGAGUUCGCCAUACCUUCCUAUGUCAACUCAGUUUCUACUAAAUUCUUUCCCACUGUGAUGUUCAGGCCUGAAACUUUUACUUUGUGCCAUGACUUGGCCAGAUGGAUUAGAGAAGUCAAGGGUAUAAUGGUAAAUACAUUUUCGGAGUUUGAAUCUCAUGCGGUCGACUCCCUUUCUGACGGUAGACUUCCACCCGUUUACCCAGUGGGACCAAUAUUGAAUCUCGAGAGCGCAAGUGGGGUAUAUCGGGAUUCUAGUACAAUCAUGAAAUGGCUCGACGAACAACCUCCUUCGUCGGUGGUGUUCCUUUGCUUCGGGACCAUGGGGAGCUUCAGUGGGGAUCAGGUGAAAGAGAUCGCCCGCGCGCUGGAGCAGAGUGGGCAGCGAUUCUUAUGGUCCCUACGCCAACCCCCAGACCUAGAAAAGGGUAUGAUGGCAAGGCUGACUGAUUACGAGAACGUGGCAGAGGUGUUGCCAGAAGGGUUCGUAGAUCGGACGGCUGGGAUUGGUAAGAUCAUUGGGUGGGCCCCGCAAGUGGCCAUCUUGGGCCACCCCGCGACCGGAGGGUUCGUGUCGCACUGCGGUUGGAAUUCAACGCUGGAGAGUAUAUGGUUCGGAGUACCGAUCGCCACGUGGCCUCUUUACGCGGAGCAGCAGCUAAACGCUUUUGCAUUGGUGAGGGAUUUGGGAUUAGCGGUGGAGAUCAAAAUGGAUUAUAGGAAAGGGGCUUCUGGGAGUGAUGAGGCUGAAAUUGUCAAGGCAGAGAAGAUAGAGAGAGGAAUCAGGUGCUUGAUGGAGCAGGAUAGUGAUGUUCGGAAGAGGGUGAAAGAGAUGAGCCAAAGGAGUAGGAAAGCUGUGGUAGAGGGUGGAUCUUCUCAUUCCAGCUUAUGUCGUUUUAUCGACGAUAUCAUGUACAACAUGCCAUGAAAAUUUUAAUGUACAUUACUGUUUUAUUAAUUAUUGUCUCACCUUAUUUUAUUUUUGAGGAAAAAAAAUAUA